AUGCGUAAAGUCAGAUCUGUUCUGCCAACCAGAGAGAAUGACAGCAUUGAGGAGGAAUUCAUUUCAACCAUAAAAAGAACACCUAGUAGCAAUGGGAUUGACUCUUUAAUUUCCUCCGUUGUUGGUGCAAGUAAUAGUAGUGGUAAUAGUAUUAAUGGUGCAAGUAGUAGUAACAAGAGAUCAUCACACUUUAGAACUUCAUCGAGGGAUUCUAAUUUUUUGCAUUCAUCAUCACCAUUUACAACUCCUCUCUCAAUUCCUCCUUUCAGUUCAUCAUCAUCGAUGGGUGCUAUGGUGGACCAAUCACCAUCACUCGGGUCCUAUUCACCCUCUCCUCUUCUUGCACAAUCAUCAUCUAAGAGUUUUAUAGAUUUUGAAAUUGAACAAUUACGAUCGGAAAUUGAAGAAUUAAAAGUUAUUGUUGAAAGUAUGAUGGAUGAAAGUCAUUCCUAUGCAAUUAAAUAUACUAGAAGAAUUUUAAUUGUUAGUAAUACUUUGAUUUCGAUAUAUGCUGUUGGAAGAAGACUCUAUGAACUUGCAUAUUCAAAUAAGGGGACGAUUUUGAAUCCAUUUACUUAUAUUUCAAUUUUCAAGAAUAACAAACCUAGUGGAUUGACUGGAUCAGCAAAUUCUUCAUCAAAAUUAUUAAAUAAUAUUGAAACAUUGAAUAAGUAUGGAUUGACAUCAAAAAAUAGGACGAGUAGAAUAUUAUUGAAUCAAUUGAAACAUAUUAAAACUGGUCAGACAAGAUCACUCUCCUCCAUGCUGGAUAACGUUGCAAGUCCAAGUGGAAAAAUAUCAGAAUUAUUGCAAAAUAUUAGAAAUUCAAGACAAAUUUAUUCCAAUCGAUAUUCAAAUAAUAAUACUAAUAGUAGUAAUAGGAAUGCAUCAUCACGAUCAUCCUCAAAGGGUCGAAAAGGAGAUUUUAUUUGGAGAAUAUUAGGACUCAUUUGGAAGGAAUUUCUGUGUGCUGCAGUAUUAACACUCAGUUCAUACUGGUUGAUGAAAACCAACUCUAUGAAGAAACAAAUUGCAGUGAUAUUGAGUUUGGUGGCCAAUUUGUAUCUUGCUCUCACAACUGAUCUGUCCCCUUGGGCCAUCUACUUUAAUUUUGUGAGCAUUUUCCUCUACAUUACAGCUCAAUAUGUAAAGAAUACACCAGAGAGUAUGGAAACAGUCAAAUUGAUUGCAUCCAAUAUUACCAAAUCACUCUCCAUGACCAAGACUGAUGAAUUGGAACAAGUUAUUGAUGACACCCUCAAAGAUACAUGCACAGUUUCCACAGAUUUAGUUCUUGAGGAUACUCCAAGACAUUUCUUUAGUGAUCACAUGACCGAUUAA